UUCAGCACACCUGUGACUCCAUUCGUACGCCAGGCAACUGUGCUUCUCGGUCAGGUGUUUCUUAGACCUAUACCGGAAAACACCAAAAGGAAACGAGUGUAUCACGGGUAAGUGAAACCAGUAUUUGUUGCGGUUAGAUAUGACCAUGGAGGGGAGGAACAUUCAGCAGGAACUACAGACCCAAUUCAACGAUGUUCUUACAAGGCUGGAGUCGAAACAGCUCUUUCAGUCUGACUGGGACAUUGCCUCCUUCGCCGUUUUCUUCAUCUUCAUCGGCAUGGUUCUGUUGCUUGUUCUCCUGGUUCUCAUUCGCUGUUGCUGUUGUUGCUGCUGUGAUGCAUCAGAGAAGCCUCGCAGGCACAAAGUGGGCAUUGACAAUUUGGCAAUGCAACCUUAGAGGCUACAGGGUAUGAGAACUGUAAAAUACCAUGACCUGAAUCAUUUAAAAAGAAGAAAUGAAGAAAAGACACUACACAAUACAUUGCACAUCAAAUUGAACUCAUCUUAUGAUUUCACAUCUUAGAACUGAGGUGUUUGAAUGUAUGUACUUGCCAUUACC